AUGACACAUGAUACUUCGACAGCAACUAGCGCUAUUAUCACGGUCAUCCAAACCCUCACAACAAGUAUAAGGACUUUUACCCCAUUACCAAAACCCCACACUCAAUCGACAAGAACUAAUGCUCCGACCCCAUCUCCAACAUUCCAAGAAGGCCAUUCGCACGCGACAAAAUCUUGUGCUGCUUCUUCCAACAAAUCACCAGAGACCUACUGGCUUGAUGAGCAGGACCACAACCAACAAGGAGCAGGGUUUGCUCCCUACGCUAAAUCAUCGCUCUACCCGGUGUACCGCAAUGUGAUGGAUUACUCAGUCGUCAAUGAUGGCAGUGGCGAUCAAACCAUGAAACUGCAGGAGGCCAUAGACGAUGACGGCGAAAGAGGCAGUCGUAAGGGUCAAGGUGUCACGCGUUACCCUGCCCAAGUCUACCUUCCAGGUGGCGUAUACCAGCUUGAAAGCCCUCUCAACCUGACAGUGGGUACUAUAAUUGUUGGCAAUCCGUUAAAUCCACCCAUCAUCAAGGCUGCGCCCGGAUUCCGUGGUGACUAUCUCAUUAUGGGGUACGAUUCACACAACGGUAACCCAGAAACUAGCUUUGCCAUGCUUGUCAAGAACGUGAUCCUGGACACGACUGCCCUCGACCCGGAUCGCCAGUUCACUGCGCUUCAGUGGGGAGUUGCCCAAGGAUCAGGCCUGACAAAUGUGAAGAUUCGAAUGCCAAAAAACUCCAUUGGCCACACGGGAAUCGCCCUCAACGCUGGGUCAACAAUUGCCAUUACGGAUGUGCAUAUUAUUGGCGGAUUUGUCGGGAUCAAGAACUCCAACCAACAGGUCAACUUCAAAAGCAUCUAUUUCGAGUCUUGCAGAACAGCUUUCUCCGCAGCAGGUGGCUGGACUGUGCUGCUCCAACAGGCAACCUUUGAUCGCUGCGGCACUGGCAUCGAUAUGACUGGUAAUGGAUUGGGUAGUCUGGUGCUUCUGGAUUCCACUUCCACCAACACUGGACCAGUAGUCAGAUUCCAUGACUCGUCCCAUGAUUCCGGAAACAAAAAUAGCCAAUUCCUCAUCCAGAAUCUCGAGCAUGAUACUUCGAACGCUAUCGCAGUCGACGCGGAGGGAAAUGUGGCACUGGCCGCUACCUCUCAUGUCGAUACCUGGGUCUGGGGUACUGUCGCUUCAGAGACCUAUGAGACUGGGGAAAGCCGGAACACAAAGCGCCCGGCCCCUUUGCUGGUGGGAGACAAAUACUUUACGAAGGCCCAGCCAACCUAUCAAGAUUACAGCACGGCGGACAUUGUGAAUGUGAAGACCGUAUCUGGACACACAGUGAAAGGUGACGGUAACACUGACGACACCAAAGGUCUGAACGCUAUCUUGGCUGAAAAUGCCGAUUCGUGUAAGAUCACAUACAUUCCCUUUGGUGUAUAUCGAGUCUCAGAUACUAUCUUUGUCCCAGUCGGAACUCGCAUUGUCGGAGAAGCAUGGGCCGUCAUAUCUGGAUAUGGCGACAAGUUCAAGGAUUCGAACAAUCCGAGGCCUGUUGUUCAACUUGGCAACCCCGGCGACAUCGGGAUGAUUGAAAUCCAAGACAUGCGAUUCUCGGUCGGCGAGAUCCUCCCGGGGGCCAAGAUCAUUGAAAUCAAUGCUGCAGGCGAUCAGCCUGGCGAUGUUGGUCUUUGGAACACGAUGGCGAUGGUGGGGGGAACCGCUGAUACCAGCAUCGCCAGUGCUUGCACGUCACAAGAUCCAAAGGACUGCAUGGCCGCGUUCAUGGUGAUGCACCUGACCGAGAGCUCUUCUGCAUAUAUCGAGAACUUCUGGGGAUGGACCGCCGACCACAAUCUUGACAGCGAGUCACUUUUCACUAUCAUCUCAACUGGCCGUGGAAUCUUGAUCGAGUCCACCAAGGGCACCUGGCUGACAGGAACCGGUUCCGAGCAUCACUGGCUGUACAACUAUAACUUCCACAACGCUCAGAACGUCUAUGCGGGUCUUUUACAAACAGAGACACCCUACAUGCAAGGUCAGGGCGAGUACGAGGCUGCGCCAGCGCCAUGGACAGCCGUUGCCAAAUACGGCGACCCUGAUUUCUCGUGGUGUGCGGCAGAAGACCAAAAGUGUCGCACUGCGAUGGCUACGAAUGUGGACGGUGGAUCUGACAUUGCGCUAUACAACUCCGCUGCCUGGGCCUUCUUCGAUGGAUAUUGGAAUGGCCUGUAUAAUGAGCCUUGCAACGGGAACUGCCAAACCAACAUGAUGCGGGUGACGAAUAACCCUCAAAAUCUGGUUUGGUACUCGAUCAGCACGCGCAUGACGGACGUGAUGGUGCUCGAUGGGAGGAGCAAUCCCCGUGAAGCUGACCACAAAGGCGGGUGGGGAGCCAUCAUCCAGGUUUAUAGCCAGUUUACCGCGUGA